UUAAUUCGGUUCGGAAACCGAACCAUAGUUUUCGGUUCGAAACGGUCGGAAAACCGUAUGUGAUUCAGUUAUGCCCAGGCCUAAAUUUUCCUAUCCAAGCUCUUUAUCCGUUGAAACAAACGCAGCCAUGGGGUGAGGAUAGGAAAAGAAAUAAUACAUUUAAAAAAAGUAAAAAAAAAAACAAAUAAAUACAAGGUCACAUUUCUAAUUCAAUAUUUUUCCCCAACACAAUAUUUGAAAUUUUAAUAUUUAUGAAAAAACUACGCAUCUUUAAGUUUUAUUAUUUACUAAAUGCCACCGCAUUUGAACAAUUAUUGUCACUUCAGAAAGCUACUGUUAUCGACGAAAAAAAGCUACUGCUACUCUUCAGAAAAAGUUAUUGCCAUAUUUAAAAAACCUAUUGUCCCAAACUGAAAAGUUUUUAUCAUUCACCAGAAAAACUAUUGUCAUUCACAAUAAAUGAUGUUGUCAUCUUUUGAAAAACUAUUGACAUCUUCCAAAAAGUUGUUGUCCAAAUCAAAAAGCUAUUGUUGAUGAACCAAAAAGCUACUACUAAAAACAGAAAAUCUACUUCUCUAACCUAAAAGCUAUUAACUUAUUUUCAGGCAAAACUUGACCCGGCCAAAUUUUCGACGGCAGACCGAUGCUGAUAUGUUCUUCUCACCUGCGCAAAUUUAUCCAUUCCCAGGGACCUCCCUGGCAGAAGAUCCUGAAGAUAUACAAAAAGAAGUACUUGAGAAUUAUGCCAAGGACCUCCCACCUAUAUACUUAGAUGUUGUGCAGCACGCAGAUCUUUCGACAUUAAUAUGGGCUCCGUUGAUGUUUAGGUACCCCUGGAACGUAGUAUUUGGAAAAUUAAGCAAGCAAAACAUCACGGUAGCUGGCGAUGCCAUGCACCCCAUGACCCCUGAUCUAGCACAGGGGGGUUGCUCAGCAUUAGAAGAUGCAGUGAUCUUAGGCAGGCAUAUCAGGACAUCCUUUGUACAGAAUGGACAAGUACUUGUGUUGAAAAACUUGAGUGAAGUACUGGGCAAAUACGUAGAAGAAAAAAGGUGGCACGUCACUUUGUUGAUCAUGUGGUCCUAUAUAUCUGGAUGGGUGCAACAGGGAGGAUCUGGACGGGGUAUGAAAUUCUUAAGAGACGCCAUAUUUUACAAGUUCCUUUUCCUUAAGAUGGUAAAAUACGUAAACUAUGAUUGUGGAAAACUCGACUUCUAGCAUGCAUUUCAAUUCAUUGCGGAGAAAUUGACCUCCUCCCAAGCACCUAAAAAAGGUUGAUGAUUCUUCUACAGAAUGCGGCUAAAGAAUAAAGUUGUACGUAUCGAGUAUCAAUGUAGUAAUGUAUCAUUACUGUCCUGCUCUGGUGGUUAGUUGAUUAUGUACUCGGUCGUACUCAAUUGCCGUUGAUUUACAUUCAUGAGUAAAAAUUAAUAAGACAGUUGAUUUACAUUCCCUUUCCCUCACAUGUAAUUUUUAAGGUCUAGCUGGUUUAGUUUAUAAAGUGAAAUUCUUGGAAAGCCAUUCCAUACCUACUCUCCUGGAAAAGGAAAUGAAUAACUUGGA